GGGGCGGGGGUAGUGGGCGGGGCAUCGGCCGGCUAGGGUCUCUCCGCGCAGCACCAGUUGCAGAGGAAGAUGGCGCCGCGGAGAGUGGGGUCGUUUCUGCGCGGGCUCCCGGCGCUCCUCCUGCUGCUGCUGUUCUUCCUCGGGCCCUGGCCCGCGGCGAGCCACGGCGGCAGGUACUCGCGGGAGAAGAACCAGCCCGAGCCGCCCCUGAAACGCGAGUCCGGAGAGGAGUUCCGCAUGGAGAAGCUGAACCAGCUGUGGGAGAAGGCCCAGCGGCUGCAUCUUCCUCCCGUGAGGCUGGCUGAGCUCCACGCUGAUCUGAAGAUACAGGAGAGGGACGAACUCGCCUGGAAGAAACUAAAGCUCGAUGGCUUGGACAAAGAUGGGGAGAAGGAAGCGAGACUCAUACGCAACCUCAAUGUCAUCUUGGCCAAGUAUGGUCUGGACGGGAAGAAGGACGCUCGGCAGGUGACCAGCAACUCCCUCAGUGGCACCCAGGAAGACGGGCUGGAUGAUCCCAGGCUGGAAAAGCUGUGGCACAAGGCGAAGACCUCUGGGAAAUUCUCCAGCGAAGAACUGGACAAGCUCUGGCGGGAGUUCCUGCAUCACAAAGAGAAAGUUCACGAGUACAACGUCCUGCUGGAGACCCUGAGCAGGACCGAAGAAAUCCACGAGAACGUCAUCAGCCCCUCGGACCUAAGCGACAUCAAGGGCAAUGUCCUGCACAGCAGGCACACAGAGCUGAAGGAGAAGCUGCGCAGCAUCAAUCAGGGCCUGGACCGCCUGCGCAGGGUCAGCCACCAGGGCUACAGCACUGAGGCCGAGUUCGAGGAGCCCAGGGUGAUUGACCUGUGGGACCUGGCACAGUCUGCCAACCUCACGGACAAGGAGCUGGAGGCGUUCCGGGAGGAGCUCAAGCACUUCGAAGCCAAAAUCGAGAAGCACAACCACUACCAGAAGCAGCUGGAGAUUGCGCACGAGAAGCUGAGGCACGCGGAAAGCGUGGGCGACGGCGAGCGUGUGAGCCGCAGCCGCGAGAAGCACGCCCUGCUGGAGGGGCGGACCAAGGAGCUGGGCUACACGGUGAAGAAGCAUCUGCAGGACCUGUCCAGCAGGAUCUCCAGAGCUCGGCACAACGAACUCUGAAGGCAUUGGGGAGCCCGGCCUGGCAGGGAAGAGGCCGGUAUGAAGGACUUGGGCUCUUGGCCGUGGCAUUUCUGUGGACAGCCUGCCGUGAGUGUGGCUGGGGCUGGCACGGGUGUCGAGGCAGGAAGGAUUGUUUCUGGUGACUGCAGCCGCUGCCGUCGCGACACAGGGCUUGGUGGUGGUAGCGUCUGGGUCUGAGAUUGGCCCAGCUCUGACUGAGGGGGCUUGGCUUCCACUCAGCCAUCAGCGUGGCAGUCACCACCCCAGUGAGGACCUCGAUGUCCAGCUGCUGUCGGGUCUGAUAGUCCUGCUAAAACAACACGACUUACAUAAGAAAUCUUACACAUCUGCCACCGGAAAUACUAUGUUCAGAGUCCUUAAAAAAUAGAGUGCAGUGUUUAAACCA